AUGGUCCUGAGCACGCUCGGCGUAGCUGCCGAUGUCACCCCCUCGGUCAUUGAGACCUUCUUCUCACACUACCUCAACCGCAAGCCGCUCAAGGGAAAGCCUACUGCCCAUGUUUCAUACCACGAGGGUUUGCGCCUGAUCCGCCAGUUCCUCGCCUAUGCCUCGCAGCACACUGUCGAAGACGUCCAGGCCUUCACUGGCCAAUGGGUCCCCACNCCCACAUGGGUCAAGCUCGACGAAGUCCCUAUCUCGGACGCCCAUCUACAACGCUCGGCUGAGCUCGUCAAAGCCCAGCUUGGUCCUGCAGGCCUGCAAAGAGUUGGCGGUCAAGAGUGGUGGCAAUGGAGGCGGCCAGAGAUAGCCUUGAAGGGCGAAUGGAUUGAGAUGCGCCAGGACUACAACGACCGAAUCGCUGCCGACAACAAGAGCGACCGCGUCAUUCUCUACGUCCACGGCGGCGCCUACUACUUUGGCUCGGUCGACGAGCACCGCUACCAGAUGCAGCGCCAUGCGCGGAAGCUCAAGGCCCGUCUGUUUGCUCCUAGAUAUCGCCUUGCUCCCCAGUUCCCCUUNCCCUGUGGUCUACACGACUGUAUCGCUGCCUACCUCCAUGUCAUUGAGACAUGUCAUCCUUCGACGGUCCUGCUGGGCGGUGAUUCCGCUGGCGGUGGCAUGGUCAUCAACAUGCUCGUCACCCUCCGCGACCAGGGCAUUCCUCUUCCCGCCGGAGCUCUUCUCUUGUCCCCAUGGGUCGACCUUACCCAUUCCUUCCCCAGUGUAGCUGGAGAAGGUACCUUCGAUUACAUCCCUGCGAACGGAUUCCAUCACAGGCCUUCGAUGGCAUGGCCACCUCCAAACGCCAACGACCUGAGAGAGCUCAAGUCUCCAGAUGCCAAUCCACCAAGGAGGUCAAAGGAAGAGAAGAAGAAGCUCGAGCGAGAGGCCACCAUGGGCUUCUCUGUCAACGACCUGCCCGAGGAUGAGAAGCAUGACAGAGCAACUCGUCCACGAUCUAAGAGUAUUCCGGGCGGCGAGCAUCUAUCAAUCGAGUUGGACGGCAAGCUGAUCGAGCUCACUGACCAAAUUCAGAUGUAUACUACCAACGACAUGCUCGCACAUCCUAUGGUCUCACCUGUGAUGCAGCCGUCUCUGGGUGGUCUGCCACCACUUCUUAUCCAAACAGGAGGUGGCGAGCUCUUGCGCGAUGAACAGAUCUACAUUGCCCACAAGGCUGCCAACCCGGCUGCCUAUCUUCCCAACAAAAAGGUCAUGGACGAGUUUGACCCCAAAAGGCAGAUAGUAGACAAGUACCCGCCAACACACGUCGUUCUGCAGGUUUGGGAUGACCUUUGCCACGUCCCACAUACUCUCAGUUUUACUCGACCUGCCAAAUACAUGUAUCGCAGUGUCGCACAGUUUGGUGCUUGGGCUCUAGCUCGCGCUCAAGAUCAAGCAAUCACCAUUCUUGACGAUGAUGCCAUCAGUAUCAUCAGCAACCAGUCAAGCUACGACAGCGAAUCCGACUUUGAUCGCGGUAGAACCGUGGACAAGAAAUUCCCGGAUGCUCUAGGUACUCCGAUACAAGCUCACACCGUCUCGACAGCGUCUGGGUCUGUUGGCAAGGCUGGCGAUCCCUUACCUCCCUUUCAAGGUCAUAUGGUUCGCCAGAGAGUCGACAGACAUGGUGUUACGUACCCGCUUGCUGCAGAAGAAGAUCUCAAAUGCCUGCAGCUUGAUCCCGACACCAUUGGCAUGAUUAAGCCUGGUCCUGUUAGAAAGUGGAUUGCAAAGAAGGCUGAUUGGGACGUCAAGUACGGCAAAGACAAGCGCGCGAUACAGAAGCAGCGCAUCAAGGACAUGGCGGAAGGCUAUGAUACCUUUGGAGCUGGAGAAGUCCCACCACCCACUGCUUUGGCUGGACGCCGUAAGAAGGAUAUGCCAGGUCAGAAAGCACGUAAGGGCAAGUCAUGGGGUCUUGCAAUGUGGUCAGGAUGGGGUUCCAAACACGACGAAGACACCCUUGGCCGUGAACAGAAGGUCAACCGCGCACCCUCACAAACCGUUGCGGUACCAGAAGCUGGCGCUGCAGUCGCGAAAGCGGAUCCACAGCAAGCAGCCACGAUUAUUGCCGAUCCCACGAUGAGAGCCACACCCACGUUCGACCGCAGCAUGAGUCCCAGCUACCGCACCGUCACAGAUCUGGGUCAAGCAGGACCUCGCUCCAGACCCGCCACUUCAUCGACCAUCCCACCUCCACCACCAGCCAAAGACCUUCCUAAAGGCAAAGAAGUCAUCAGAGAUGACGAGGCACACCUAGCUCCUUACGGCAUGCACACCAAAGUUCCCGGCUCAGAGAACACAUUUCUAAGCAACAACAGCGCACGCCCUCACAAUGGCGAAGUGGCCUACCCAUUCAAGCUCAAGAACGAAGCCGCCACUGCGAGCACAGUGACACUUGACUCUGCUGCCCACGUCAGACCGAUGGGUAGAAAUGACGAUGAAUCUUUGGCCGAGAGUUCGCGGCCUGCUACUGGAAGAGGAGUGAGCUUUGUGGAUGGGGCAGCCGAAGGCGGAAUAAUUGCUGAUGAACCUGGCGUUGGUAUCUAUGAGACCGAGACGGGGUUGAAGAAUCAAGGUAUGAAUGAGGUUGAUAAUGGAGCGGAAGGAGCUGUGAGACCACCAUUGGAGUCUUUUGUUACCGCAAAGGAGUUUUAA